GUCGCUCUUCAAGUCUCCAGCAUGCGGAUAACCAAGGCGCAGUUUAACGGCCUCGACCAGUACAAGUACUCGGGUGUAGACAAGUCCGUCGUCAGCAAGUACCUCCUCAGCCCCUUCUGGAACUGGCUCGUCACCCUCUUUCCCAAGACCAUUGCGCCCAACACCAUCACUUUCUUGGGACUAUGCUUUGUCUUUACCAACAUUGGUACCAUGAUCUGGUAUGAUCCCACUUAUGCGGGUGUCGUCCUGCCCAGCUGGGUCUAUGCUUCCUUCGGUAUCGGUCUCUUUGCUUACCAGAGUAUGGACGCGAUCGACGGCAAGCAAGCCAGGAGGACGGGUAUGGCCAGUGCCUUGGGAGAGAUGUUUGACCAUGGAUGCGAUGCUAUCAACACUACUCUCGAAGUGGUGCUGGCAGCUCACGCCUUAGGCUUGAACCGCUCCUGGUGGACAGUUGCUUCCCAAGUCUUCUCCUUGUGCAACUUUUACGUCUCCACCUGGGAAGAGUACCACACCGGCACCCUCUUCCUCUCCGCCUUCUCCGGCCCCGUCGAAGGCAUUCUCCUUAUCUGCGGUAUCUACUUUAUCACCGCCUUUCACCCCCUCGGCUCUCUCUUCUGGGCCCAACCCUUACUCAAACCCCUCUUCCUCGUUAUCCCUCAAACGUACCCUCUUGUCCAAAAGGUCGACGUCCUCCUCGAACACCUCGGCAUCGCCAAACACGUCACCCUUGAGACCGUGCCCGCCAACGUCGCCUUCAUGGCUUUCGGUGCCGUCGGUACCCUCGGCAACAUUGCCACUUCCUACAUCAACGUCAUUUCGGCCAGACGCAAGGCCGGAAAGCCGAUCCUUCCUCCUCUCGCCGGUCUUUUGCCGUUCUUCACUCACACCGGUCUUCUGGUAGCCUGGUUGCACUCGGAGAUCAGGGGUGGGGUUUGUAUCGUGCACGACCACAGGAUCUUGCCUUUCAUCGGGUACUGGGGCAUGGCCUUCUCUUACCAGGUCUCCCAACUCAUCCUCGCCCACGUCACCAAAUCACCUUUCCCGUACUGGAACGGUAUGAUGAUCUUUACCCUCUUUGGCGCUAUCGACGCCAACAUGGGUUCACUCUUCGGCCGCGAACCAUUGGUCCAGUCUUCCCCUGUCGCAGCCAACGUCUUCAUCUGGAUGUCCUUCUUUGUCGCCUUGUUCAACUAUAUCCGCUUUGCCCGUGAGGUCAUCUGGCAAAUGUACGUCCCUCUUCCCUCUUUCUCUUUUCAAAGAUAUGGCUGAUAGGGGUCGGGUGUGUGUAGUUGUGAAUACACUGGUUUGGCGUGUUUCACUGUGCGACACAAGGACAAGGAUGGGAAGUGGGUGGACCAUGUCAAGGCGGAGUAGAUGUCUGGUCGAAAAGAAGAAUGCGAAGAGAGGAAGGAAAGAGGAGAAGGGGAGAAGAUAGAGUGAGAGAUGAGCAGAGCGCAGGGCUUGAUGCCGAUCUUCUCGUGAGAUUGUUUGAGGCUAGUUCUGGUAGAAGAGUAUCAAACAGAAAGAUAGAAGAGGAAAGGAAAGAGGGUAGAAGGAAGAGUCCCACGGAAUAGAUGUGAUUAUUGUAGGAAACGAUGCAAGACACGACUCCUCCAGAAGAGUCGACUUCAGAUGCCUGCACA